AUGGAGAACGCACCGGACAAUGCUGGAUCGAGCUCAGCUAGACUGUUCACGAACCAGGAGCAGUCCCAGAAAGAGAGAGCUCAGACGUUUAUUGACAAUACACUCAUAGAGAUCCUCGAUGAGCUACGGACGCCAGACGGUCGACCAACCCUGACUUUGAAACGGAGAUCCAGAGGAGUUCCCUUUUCCAUAAAUCCCGAAAACCUUGCUCUAGAGACUGAGGAGAAAGAAAUACUAUCAUCCUACAGCUGGCCGGGUAGGAAUGCUUAUGAGGCUUGGAAGUUUACUGCCAUCAUCCGAGGAAUAUCAGUUAUCGCGGAGGCAAUCCAAGCUGGUCUGGUAGUUUCCAAAAGAGACAUCUAUUACAGCGAUCCAGCUUGUUUCGGUUCUCAGCAAAUCGUUGACACGAUAAUUGAUGACAUUGCUCAUACGAUUGGGGUUGAUAGAGCGGCGUUGAACGUGGAAGCGGUAGCCAAAGGGCUUGUUGCGGGAUAUUAUCGUCUGAUGACCAAAGCUGGCGAAGUGGUGGACGCCCGCUUAUCAACUAAGGAUGUCCUGAUACCGAAAAUGGAAGACAUUGAAGCAAUUGAUGCCUCCGAGGUGAAAUGGGUCUUGAUCCUGGAAAAAGAAGCAGUCUACCGUCGACUCUCGAGAAGCAGCUACCACACUAGAGCAGCCGCAGGAAAAGGUGUAUUGGUAACAGGAAAAGGCUAUCCGGACCUCAGCACGCGAGCCUUUGUUCGAAGACUGCUUGAUGAGACUAGACAUCUCCCCGCAGAGGAAUCCCCGCGCUUUUACGCCCUCGUCGACAGUGAUCCUGAUGGCAUGGCAAUCAUGUCAACAUAUAAAUAUGGCUCGAUGGCGCAUGCGCGCGACAACGAGAAGCUCAACGUUUCCAAGCUUCGCUGGCUGGGACUCCGAACAUCUGAUGUCAUUGGAGGUGCAGACUCAUUCGGGGACGAGGCUUUCAUUCGCCUGAGCCUGAGAGACAGAAAGAAGGCUGUUGCAAUGCUGUCGAACAAUCCCGUGUGGGCAGAAGAUGGGCCAGAGCAGGAAUGGCGCGCAGAGCUGCAGCAGAUGCUCAUGUUGAACUUGAAGGCGGAGAUUGAGAUUCUCUACGAUCGGCAGGAAGGACUUGAAGGGUGGAUCGAUAAGAAGAUGACCAUUUCAAGCUGA